ACUUACCAAAAGAGCACAAAUGCCAUUAUGGACAAAAACCUGGACAAGGAUGUCAGAAGACCUUUUACCAAAAUAUAGAGCUUUCUUGAUCUCACAGUAUCAAGUGUAAUGACUGAGGAUUUCUGCUUGAGUACUGCCUUCCUUUCCAUUUUUUGAAAAUCCCUUUUCCCAUUGCUGCUGCCUUUUUGGUCAUCUCUGACAGUGACUUGAGUACUCCGUUACUAGAUCUCUCAGGUCUCACUUGUACUUCGUUUGGACUUGGAGAUGUGAGUUUCAGCAACAACACCAGAUGGGGAAUAUAGGCCUGAAACCAAGGACUUCUCUCCAGAGAUGGUUAUUUCUGUGGAGCCCUCAUCCCAGCAUGGACUCAAGCAGUGCAGUGAAGAGAAGAAUUCUGGGGAAGUAAAAAUAAACCACAUGAAAACUCCCACUAAAGUCAGAGGCUGUGAUUGUGGCCAAAGCAUCAGGCUAGAACUCAUGCUUUUCUCAAAACAGAGAACAUCUAUAGAAGAUCUUUACAAAUGUGAUGGAAAGAACUUCAUUGUGUCUUCUGACCCAAGGAAAUGUCAAAAAAUAUCCUCAAAUGAGAUAGUUUCCAAGUAUGACGAAUGUGGGGAGGCCUUCAUUUCCAAACCAGAUUUUAUUGAAUAUCAUAGACUAUAUGUUGGAAAGCAACCUAAUGACUGUAAUGACUGUGAGAGAGUUGCUAACCUUAGCCAUUUCAUUCAUUCCUUUGAGACAAAUAAUAUUGAAGAGAAAUCCAUUAACUAUAAUGGAUUUGGGGAAAUUUCUACCCCAAAUAUUCAAUUUAUGGAAAAUCAGAGAAUUUACCCUACUGGGCAACCUUAUGAAUAUAAUGGAUGUGUGAUGCCUCUCAAUCACAGCUUUUCUGUUACUUCCCAUCAAAGGAGUUAUACUGAUAAGAAACCUUUUGUAUGCAAUGCUUGUGGGAAUGUCUUCCUCUGGAGUGCCCAACUUACUCAGCAUCAGAGAAUUCAUGCUGGAAAGAAACCUCAUGAAUGCCAUGAAUGUGAGAAGGCUUUCUGUCUGAGAGAAUCACUUACAAGAAAUCAAAGGAUUCAUACUGUAGAAAAACCCUAUGGGUGUAAUGAAUGUGGAAAGGCCUUUCGCCGUAGAGGACAGCUUACUAGACACCAGAGAAUACACACUGGAGAGAAACCUCACGAAUGUAAUGAGUGUGGGAAGGCCUUCUACCAGAAAGACCAGUUCACUCAACAUCAGAGAAUUCAUACUGGAGAGAAACCUUAUGGAUGCAAAGAAUGUGGAAAGGUCUUUCGAGUGAGAACACAGCUUACUCAACAUCUACGUAUUCACACUGGAGAGAAGCCUCACAAAUGUAAUGAAUGUGGGAAGGCCUUCAGGCAGAGAGGCCAUCUUACUGUACAUCACAGGAUUCAUACUGGAGAGAAACCUUAUGACUGUAAUGAAUGUGGGAAGGCCUUCCGACUGAGCACAGAGCUUACUCGACAUCAGAGAAUUCAUACUGGAGAGAAACCUUAUGGAUGUAAUGAGUGUGGGAAGGCCUUUCGACUGAGCACAGAACUUACUCGACAUCAGAGGGUUCAUACUGGAGAGAAGCCUUAUGGAUGUAAUCACUGUGGAAAGGUCUUCCGCCAGAGCACACACCUUACUCAACAUCAGCGUAUUCAUACUGGAGUGAAGUCUCAUAAUGUAAUUUAUGCAGGAAAACCCAUUUUUGGAACACACAGCUUACCAAACCCUGCAGAAUUCCACAGAGAAACCUUUUGAGUGUUAUGUGGAAAGACUGGUGGUGGUGGGAGCAUUGUAUUAUACUUCCCCCUACCACCUUCCUUGCAGGUUAUGGUUGUUUUCCCUUAAAAAUUUUGACAUUUCUCAUGUCUUGGUUGGCUCAGAUGACUAAGGACUUCAACUACUGAUGUCAUUUCCUAAGCCCCUGAGUACAAAGCAGCCAUGAAGACUUGGAAGGGGGGAGUGUGUCUUUUAAAAAAUGCUUAUUUUGGGGGGCAGCUAGGUGGCACAGUGGACAAAGCACUGGCCCUGGAUUCAGGAGGACCUGAGUUCAAAUCCAGCUUCAAACACUUGACACUUACUAGCUAU